GUGGCUCGUGUGAGUGCGCGCGCCAAGUUUUUAGUUACGCGUCGGAACGUAUCCGCCAAGCUAAAGCCAAAGGCAGCGCUUAGAAGUCGCAGCAGCAGCCGCAGCAGUCGCAGCAGCAGCACAAGUGGCAGCAGCAGUCGCAGUAGCAGCAGCAGCAGCAACGACGGCCUUAGUUUUAAUCCAUAGUUAAAUAAUAAUAACAACAACAACAAGCAGACCGGAAAAACGUUUGUGGCAAUAAGCGAAUUUGUUGUUUUGUCGCGUUGCAGUUGCCAGUUGCAAGUAUUGGCCAUUGCAUCAACUUGACGAAACGCUCAACCGACGGUUAAACCAACUCAAUACAACACAACACAUAACUGACCAACAACAACAAUUCCAAUUGCAAUUACUUUUACAGUGUUGAGAAUCGCUCAAAUUCCAAUUGGACUAACAAUACAAACUCUAACAAGAGAAUCAAAGAGAACGUGUUAAUAUUGCUCAUAAAAUCGUGAAAUCUUUACCAUAAGCUACUUAAUUCAAUGUUCAACGACAACAACAACAAGAACAACGCGAAGAAGCCUCGUGAAUGAAUUAAUGAAUAAGACCAGCGCUCAAAUAAAAGCCAUCAUAAACAAAUAAAGAAAAUAAAUAAACAUAAACUAGUGAUAUCCCCAACAUGUGUAAUGUGUAAAACAAACAACAGCCAAAACAAAAACAAAAACAACAAUAAAACAAAAACAACUACAGAUACAGAUACAAAAUACAAAUACAAAAAUUCAAGCAGCUCAGUUCUGUUAAGUUAAGCUCAUAAAAGUCGCUCGUAAACAUAAAUUGUUUAAGAAAAUUAUACGCAACUCAACGAUUUAUGGAAUUUAAAGAGAGAAAAAACAACAAAUCACAGCAAAGCAGUCAUAACCAUAACCACACACAAUCCAUAGUUAUAAGGCAUUACUUAUAGAGAAUAUACAUAUAUUUCAAUACCCAUUGCGGCUUAGAAAAUACAAAGGCAAUGCAGCGAUAUUUAAGCUUGACCUGUACUCUUCAACGCCGCAUAGCCACCGACACCUUUAGCACCACACCAACAGUUGCAGCAGCCUCAGAGGACUCCACAGCAAACCGGCCAAGAGCCUCGAGCGCUUUGAUUGCAGCUCCGUCAACAAAAUGAUGGAACGUCUAUCCACGCAUCUGUCGCUCUCUGGCCUUUCGCUCGCACAUCCCUUGCAGAGUCAUUUGAGCUCGGUUAGCUCCAGCAGCGGCACACAUCUUGGACAGCUGAUUCAGCACCAUCAGCAGCAACAGCAGCAACAACAACAACAACAACAGCAGCAACAACAGCAGCAACAGCAACACAGCGGUGAACAGAAUCACAGUCACGGCCACGCCCAUCAUCACAGUCAGCAAUUGUCGCUGGGUCAGUUGGGGCAGCAGCAUCAUCAUCACCAUCAGUGCAACAGCAACAGCAGCGGCGGUUCACCCAACGGCAACGGCGGCAGCAGCUCGUUGGGAUUGCAUCCACAUCUGCAUCAUUCGGCGGCAGCUGCAGCGGCCGCUCAUCAUCUGAGCUCACAGCACUCGCAGUUGCAUCAGCAUCAUCAGGCGGCAGCAACAGCCGCCGCAGCAGCAGCAGCGGCCCAACAGCAACAACAGCAGCAGCAACAACAACAGCAACAGCAGCAGCAGCAAUCACAAUCGUCAGCCUCACAUCACAGCCAGCCAACAGGCAGCGGAUCGAGUUCCCUUCACGCUCAAUCCCAAUCACAGUCGCAUCAGCCGCAUAGCAACGGCAUUGGCCAGCAUCUGGGAGCGGGCAGCGGUCACAGUCUUGGCAGCUCCAACUCCAGUGCGCCAGUGCAUCACUCGUCCACGUCCAGCGCCACGAGCAGCGUCAUGGCAGCCGCAGCCGCCGCUCAUCUGCAUCACAAUUCACAGGCGUCGCCCAUCAGCAAUCUGCAUCAGAAUAUGGGCAGCCUCAUGAACAGCGGCAGCAGCGCCAGCGAUGUCUUCUUCAGCCUGAUGAUACAGAACACAACGAAGCGCCAGAAUGAGGAGCACAUAAAACGUCCAAUGAAUGCGUUUAUGGUCUGGUCCCGUUUACAGAGACGCAAGAUAGCACAGGAUAAUCCCAAAAUGCACAAUUCGGAGAUAUCGAAGAGGCUGGGUGCCGAAUGGAAACUGCUUACCGAGGAAGAGAAACGUCCUUUUAUCGAUGAGGCCAAACGUUUGCGCGCCAUGCACAUGAAGGAGCAUCCCGACUACAAGUAUCGACCCAGACGCAAACCCAAAGCUCUGAGGCGUGAUGGCUACCCAUAUCCCAUGCCAUAUCCAUCGGUACCCGUGGAAGCAUUAAGAGCAGGCAUCUCACCGGGUUACUUUGCCCCCGGCCCCACAGCGGCCGCCUAUCAUCUGGGCAGCCAUCUCUCGCAGACAUCGACGCCAAGCUCAACGCAGGCCACUCUCUCUGGGCAAAUGGACAAAUUUGCCGCCUUGGAGCGCAGCUCGUAUCUGAGCAACGCAGCAGCCGCCGCGGCUGGCAGCCAGGCGAGUGCUUACAGCGCCUACUUGGAUCCCAGUGUGCUAACCAAGGCCUACUUUGACUCCAAGAUGUAUCAGGAUCGUGCCAACUAUGCCUUUGAUAUCUCCAAGAUCUAUGGCGCCCAGCAGCAUGCGGCGGCGCAUCAUCAGCAGCAGCAACAGCAGCAGCAGCAGCAACAACAGCAGCAGCAACAGCAACAGUUGCUAAUGGCCAGCAGCGGAGCUGGCGGAGGUGGUGGAGGAGGAGGCGGAAGUGCGGGUGGCAGCUCGCACAACAACAACAGCAGCAGUGGGCUGGAUGAUCGCGAUGCCACGCCCCAGCUGGAUGCAGGCGGAGGGCAAGUGGAGGCCAAGCCGCAUCUGCAUUCGCCCAGCGAUGUGGGUCUGGACUAUGCCCAUCAAUAUGCCCAGCAGUAUGGCGGACAGUUGGCGGCCAGUGCUGCAGCUGGCGUCGGGGUGGGUGUUGGAGGAGGCGGGGCUGCUGGGGGCGGUGGCGGGGCUGGAGGUGCCACUGAUUUUCGACGACCGCUGACGGUCAUCUUCUGACCACCAUCGUCCAAUGGCAGUGAGGAGUUGAACUUGUCUAUGACUUAGGAAAUGCGAAAUGCGAGAUUAAAGUUAAACGUAGCCAACUUUACAGUUAAGCCUCGAGUUGUAAAAUAAUCAUAAGCUUUGUUAAAACGAGCAGCAGCUGCAGCUGGAAGGAGAGAUGGCCUGAGCAAGAGACGCAGAAGGAGUCGAGAGGGAGACGGAGAGACAGAAGAGAGGAUCAAAAUGAGGAGGAUUAAUCCAUGCAGAACAACGAGCGGUGCAAUUUUUUAUGUUUUAAACGCUGAACGAAGUGCAUAGCAUAAAUUUAAAUGUAUUUAAAUUCUACAAAAUAUACAUCAACACAAACAACUCAAAAACAAAACAACAGCAAAAUACAAAAUACAAAACAAACAACAACAAAAAACAAAAACAAAUGCAAUAAAUGCAAAUUAAAAACGCAGUAAAUUGUUGCAAAAC